GAGGCGCUGAGCUCUGCUUUCCGCCUGAUUGGCCGAACUUGACAGUGAUUGACGUGCAUCCAUGGCAACCGUGCAGCCAAUCUGCCAAGUCCAAUAGGAGAUCAUCGGAGGGGGUUUGACUAGCUUUUUCUCCCCCCCUCCCUUAAAAAUACAUCUCAGCUCCGGCUUUAAUUCUUCCCUGCAUUCAGUCCCAGGCUACCUUGAAAAAUACACCGCCGCUCGGGCUUUAAAGGUUCCUGCGUCUCCGGCCCGCUGCUGCCCGACCAGUUCGCCGCGGCUGAGGAUGCGGUAGCCGAGGCCCCCGCACGGCAUCGUCCCCCCAAUCAGCGGCGCUUCCCCUCGGCUGCUCAGACGGUUGGUCCGCUAACUUUGGGAUUUGGCGUGGCGUUUUUUUUGUUUUUGUUUUUGUUUUUUUCUUCCCCCGGCUGCCUUGGAUUGCCUCGGCGCACCGAGAGAAGGUGCAGAGGGGAGAGGGAGAGAGAGAGAGGAGCGGAGAAAGGAGGGGGAGAGUGGAAACCCAGGAGAAGCCUCCAUGUUUCAGCUGCCCAUCCUGAAUUUCAGCCCCCAGCAGGUCGCCGGGGUCUGCGAGACUCUGGAGGAGAGCGGGGACGUCGAGCGCCUCGGCCGCUUCCUCUGGUCGCUGCCCGUCGCGCCGGCGGCCUGCGAGGUCCUCAACAAGAACGAGUCGGUGCUGAGGGCCCGGGCUGUGGUCGCCUUCCACACCGGCAAUUUCCGUGAACUCUACCACAUCCUGGAGAACCACAAGUUCACCAAAGAGUCGCACACGAAGCUGCAGGCUCUGUGGCUCGAAGCGCACUACCAGGAGGCUGAGAAGCUGCGCGGCCGCCCGCUGGGGCCCGUGGACAAAUACAGGGUGCGGAAGAAGUUCCCCCUGCCCAGAACCAUCUGGGAUGGAGAGCAGAAGACCCACUGCUUCAAGGAGAGAACCCGACACUUGUUAAGAGAGUGGUAUUUGCAGGAUCCGUAUCCGAAUCCCAGUAAAAAGAGGGAGCUUGCACAGGCUACUGGACUCACACCCACACAAGUGGGAAACUGGUUUAAAAACCGGAGACAAAGAGACAGAGCGGCGGCUGCAAAGAACAGGCUACAGCAGCAGGUCCUGUCCGGCGGCUCGGUUCGCUCCUUGGCGGACGAGGACGGCACCGUGGACCGCCUGGGGAACUCCUCCAGCCCGGAGGCCAGUCUGUCCAGCAAAGCGGCCGCCUCGGCCAUCUCCAUCACCUCCAGCGACAGUGAAUGUGACAUCUGACGGGCGGACCGGCGCGAAAUGACCAAUUAAAGAGGGGAAAGAGACAAUCUAAUAAAACAAGUAACAGUGCCUGCGUCGAGUUAAAAAAAAAACACACACACACACACAUAAAAAAAAAUACACACACUGAUAUCUGACGGCUGCCAAAACUUGAGGGGACCCGUGUUUAUAGGGUGUCCUUUCAGGCCUAUAUACUUCUGUUUGCGUUUGACCCACGCGUGGAAACGCUGAAAAGGGACAUUUCACGGACUAAUAACGCUUGAAUAUGAAACCUUUAAAAAAGGGACAGAAAUAUAUAU